AUGGACGACGGGCGACUACCCAAACGACUCUUCUACGGAGACGUCGCGACGGGUUCUCGCCGCCAGGGUGGUCAAAUUCCUCGAUACAAGGAUACCCUGAAGUCCUCCCUGAAGCGUCUGCAAAUCGAUCCGACUAACUGGGAAGACCUCGCCCGUGAUCGACCGACCUGGAGGAGGACAGUGCAGACAGGCGCUGCUAUUAACGAAGCCAAUCGCAUCACCACCGCCAAAGUGAAACGAAAAGCACGCAAAUCACAGCCGCGUCCACUUCGCAACGACGACGCACAACCGCUUUCCACGUGUCCUCGAUGUCAACGGACAUUCCGGGCACGAAUUGACUCAUUGGACACCUUCGGAUCAACCGUAGCUCUCCGACCGCAUUAA